ACCACAAAGAAGAGGCCUCCCUUACAACCUAGAACUGUGUGUGGGCUUUGUCAAUCUAUGUUCAAACCUUUUUACUGUUGGUGAAAGUAAGCUUUGCUCAUCAGAACACAGCAUGAAAAUGCCUCCCACCCAUAGCACUAUCUGACACAUACUUCCCUUGAUAACCUUUAAUCAUAUUGGGGUCCAAUAUGGUCAUGUUUCAUUUGAAAUUAUCAGUGGCCAGUUGUAAAAUGUUAACCAGCUGCCAUUGUCACCCAAAAACUCAUACGAGUACAUGAAUAUAGAAUGACUUGAAAGCUUCAUUUAUCCAGCGAGACAUAGUGAAACUGAUGACAAAGCCGCUGCUUCCUGUGAGUGAGGGACGGCAGGAAGCCACAUAACAAAGUGAGGUGAAGAACGAACAGAAGUGGUCAUCUCAGUGGUUGCAAUAGAAAAUAUUUCACGUGAAUUUGGACAGAAGUUGCUUGAAUAUCUUACCAGCUUGGGAACUGUGGGUGAGAUGUACUGUGCCGGCCCUGAAUUUUUCUGAACCGUCUCAGUGCAGCUCCUUCCAAUAGGGCGCUUUCCCUUUAAUUCCCUAUUAAAUAGCCAGCAUCAGCUGCGCGAAAGGAGGGUUGGGAUGGAGACGUGAAUGAGGAUGUGUUCAACCAUCAGUUCCGAAGCUUCUCUAUUCCGUUUGUUUUGUAGCCUAAGAGUUUACCCAGGAUCGGAUCCACUCUUUGCGUCCGUGGACUACACCUCUCCGUUCUUCGUGGCCUUUCUCCGCUGGAGAUCUAUUGGCGGAUUGGAUUGUCUGACUGACCGACUGACUACAACCUUUUUGUAUACGGUAUUUCUUUUGUUUUGAUGUGAGGUAUACUGUGAUUUAUGUAGUUAGUUGUAGUUGAGGACUUGGUAAGAGUUGAUACGCUUUAAUGUUCUGUGGUAAAAUAAUUGUUAUAUUGAUUGUAUGAUUAAUACUGGGUUUACGCUACACUUGAAUGAAAGGACAAACAUUGCGUGACUAAGGUCACGGGAGUUCCCUGAACUCCUUUACCGGGCAGGACUCUUUUUAGGCCCGAAGUACAGGACAUUUCUGGAGGAACCAGAACUCAUUGUGAUAUUAUUUUUUUUGUGUGUGUAAUCAUUGAUGUUGUCAAUACAACCCAUGCAAAAGAAUAUAGUUGUUUUUGAAGUUCUUUCCAAUGUUUUAAGGGUUUAUGAAAAGUUUAUUUCCAUCCUGACUUUUACAUAAGUCAUUUGUAUUGGUGUAGACUUGACGGACCAGAUGGGACUCAUUCCCUCCCAAACCAAAAGGAGAAACCAAUGUUUUCUCUGGUAGGCACAACCUACCUGGCACGCCUAUAAAUAAUAACCUCAAGUCAAAACCGUUACAGUACUCUUUCUCCAUACAAUUUAAAUGUGUAUAACUCUGGGGGGGAAAAGGCAUAGCUUUUGUUUCAUACCAUUUCAUAUUUUUGCUCUUGAGUCCUCAGAUGAAGGCAACAUACACACUCAACAGAGAAACGUCAUAUUGGAAUGCAACAAGUAAUCACACAAACUUCCCUCAUCAGGAACUCAAAUAUAACAAAUGAUCUUGGUUAUAAAUUCUCAAAUCCUAUAGUAGGAGGUGGCAGAUUAAAUGGGAUGUUCUACAUUCUGAUCAGUAUUUCUGGGUUUACUGUCACCAUUGUCAUUUUAAUGGCAAUUCUGUGGACGAGGAAGUAUCGCACUUUGAUUCACACCAUUCGAGACCUGCAGGGUGUUGAGGGUCUAUCGGGCAGAGCUCCUCAAUCUAACCCCCCAUCUAGAAGUCCCCUAACCUUGAGGAAGUGUUUGGGGCAUGAGGUUUCCUGCUUCAACACGUCUGGGCUAGGUCUACAGCAUAUCAUCAAAGCAGGGAGGGAAGGGGUGUACUACAAGGCUAAGGUGACACGUGGCACCUGCAAGGGCCACUUCAUUGUCACCUGCAAGAUUAUCAAAGAGGGGGCUACUCACAGGAGAGUAGCCAGAGAGGUGAGCGUCAUGAGGAAGCUGGGUAUCCACAAGAACGUGCUGCAGCUGCUAGACUGGAACAUCACACAGGCUCCUUACAUGCUGAUACUAGAGUCUGUGAGCAGUGGGACACUGCGCAGUUUCCUUCAAGUGAAUCAAGACCAACUGAGCAGGGACAGUCAACUGCAACAUUUCUUCACCACAGCAGCAUAUCACAUUGCCCAUGCCAUGAGACACCUGUGCUCUAAAAUGGUGGUGUACUGUGACCUAGCCCUGAGGAACAUUAUGGUGAACCAUUUUCCCAGAGAGGUGAAACUGGCAGUUUGGACUGGCCCAAGACCUGACUCACAAAAGGAGCCAUCGCAGCAGCUGCAAAGUGGACCACAUGCAAAGUGUGCCCCUGCGUUGGUAUCCCCCAGAGUACUUAGAAUGUAUGCACACAUGACUGGACCUUACCAUAUCCUAACCUGGAGGCUCCAGAGUUGGUGGUGCGCUAUGUUUGCUCUGGACAAAGGAACUCAGUCCCAGAGACAUGUAGGCCAGAGAUACUGCAGACGAUUAGGGACUGUUGGCUGGAGCCAAACACUCAAAGGCCCUCCUUCAACGACAUAGUCAGAGACCUCGAGAACAUCCUGGAGGAUGAUGAAGAUUACAUCAAAGUGGACAACGGAGUCCCAAUGGCCAAUAUUGAAUUUGGUGACCAAGGUCAAAUCUAGCCCACUCUCCUUCACGGGGACUAAAUAUGUGUAAGUUACUUGAAGUAGCAUAACAUGUUUGGAUGUGCAUGUCUACAAAAUCAUUUUUUUCCUUUACUUAGGAUAGUAGGCAGUGGUGUAAAGUACUUAAGUAAAAAUACCUUAAGUGUUACUUAAGUAGUUUUUUGGGGUAUCUGUACUUUACUAUUUAUAUUUUUGACAACUUUUACUUUAAUUCCACAACAUUCCUAAAGAAAAUAAUGUACUUUUUACUCCAUACUUUUUCCCUGGCACCCAAAAGUAUUCAUUACAUGUUUAAUGCUUAGCAGGACAGGAAAAUGGUCUAAUUCACACACUUAUCAAGAGAACAUCCCUGGUCAUCCCUACUGCCUCUGAUCUGGCAGACUCACUAAACACAUACUUUGUUUUGAAAUGAUGUCUGAGUGUUGGAGUGUGCCCAUGGCUAUCCGCAAAUUUUAAAAACAAGAAAAUUGUGUUGUCUGGUUUGCAUAAUAUAAGACAUUUUUAAAUGAUUUUUACUUUUGAUACUUAAGUAUAUUUUAGCAACUACAUUUACUUUUGAUACUUAAGUAGAUUUAAAACCAAAUAGUUUUAGACUUUUACUCAAGUAGUAUUUUACUGGGUGACUUUCACAUUUACUUGAGUCAUUUUCUUUUAAGGUAUCUUUACUUUUAUUCAGGUAUGAAAACGGGGUACUUUUUCCACCACUGGUAUGACAUACUGUAGGUCUACUACAAUGAAACGAUAUAGAAUAAUGCAUCCUAAAAGGCCUACAGAUCCCCUCAGGUACAAAUAAUAAGAACAUUAUUCACGUGAUACAGUACCUAACUGGUGCACAGGAUUUGGUUCCAAUGCAACAUUUUCAUUGUGUGUGUUAAAGUUGUACAUGUCAUUAAAUAGGCUACAAUUGUUAGUGAUUUUGACUUUCUUUAAAUCAAUUCAUAUUUAGCAUAGCCCAGGACUCAGGGUUUUGUCCAGGGGUUCAUGCAAGAAUUCGGGUUAGGCCUACUAAGAUUUAUGGAUUUGAAAUAAAGGGGAGUAGCUAGUUAGCCAGCUAAGUUCUUGAAAAAAGACACCACAAACACUGCUUGACAGUCUAGAGACCCAGUCCCAUGCCCAUCUUUGGCAGCAGUGGGUAGUAACGCUCUUCAAGUAACAUGUACUUAAAGCUGCAAUGCGUACCUUUUUUGGGGUAACCCAACAAAAAAAACACAUAGAAAUGUGAGUUAUAGAUCUGUCAUUCUAUUUGAGAGCAAGUCUAAGAAUGAUAUGUCUAAGAAGUGGUAGAUCUGUUCUUUGUGCUAUUUCUAUGCUCCCCAUUUUUUACUUUAGUUUUUGUGUCUUUUAGUUUUGGUUUUGUCCACCAGUUUCAAACAGUUGAAAAUACAAUAUUUUUGGUUAUGGAAAAAAUAUUUCACAGCGAUUCAGAUGAUUCUCUAAACUUGUUUGUUUUGUCACAUAAAAUUCAAUUAGGCAAACUAUUAUAAUUUUAGCAACCAGUAAAUGGCAGAGCGAUUUCUGCAUAGUGCAUUUUUCCGGUUACAAAAAAAAAGAUUUUGAAAUUGCAGUAAAAGUGCAGCAACUGCAGUCGACUGUGGUAUUUUGGACGCAGUAAUUUCAGAAUAACUGCGGAGUACUGCAGUUGAACUGCUGUUAAACUGCACUGAGACUGCAAUCUUUUUAAGUAAGGGUCACUAGUACUUUUCUAGUUACUCUCUGUGGGCUGUACUUGAAGUAGCAUCUUCCCGGGAGGGACAUUAUGUUCACUGUCAACAACUGGUGCUGGUUAUAGUGCUGGCAGGGUGAAAUAAUAA